UUAGUUAAAGCAGCAGUUGUUGAUAAUCAGAUUCUAGAUAAGCAUACCAUGAUCAUUUUAGUGGUUCAGCUGCUUUCAUACUUCUGUACUGUCUUUUCAGCCAAGAAGCUAGAAGGAAAUCUGCCUCUUUCGGAGAUUCCUUUUGAGCAGACCAAGAAAAGGAAGCGAGAGUACGACCCCACACCUGGACUGUCUCCUGCUGACCCGACGAAGUUUUUUGAGAAGCUGGCUGAGGUUUCUCCAAGCUGCCUGCUCUUGCGCUAUGCAAAAACACACGAGCCAUCAAGAGACAGUGCAGGUGAGACUGACCCUGUACUAGUGGAACCAAAGAGCAGAUGCUCCCCGCAGCCAUGCAUUGCAGACUCUGAAGAUUUGCUGAGUGAGAGAAGCCAAAGGUUCAUUCAGGAGGCGUUUGAUGUUGUUCAGCCCCUGAGCCUUGAUGACCGGGCAGCCAUCUUGGAAAGCACCAUGGGCCAAGCAGAAAAUGAAAACUGGCAUGUGGAGCGUAUUGGACGACUAACGGCAUCAUUUUUCAAGCGGCUGCUGCGGUGCCGAAAGCCUGAAGGCAUUGUGAAGGAUAUUAUAUAUCCUAGGCAGGUAAACACCGAAGCAAUGCGCUACGGCAGAUAUAAUGAGGACAAUGCCGUGAAAGCUAACGAGCAGAUAAUGACAUGCAGGGACCGACAUGUGACUUGCGCAUACACAGGGCUGCAUGUGCAUCCCCAGUAUCCGUUUAUUGCGGCUUCUCCUGACAGAAUGGUUUUUGAAGGGGGAGACACUGGCCUUUCGGAGGUAAAGUGUCCCUUCUCCUUCAAAGGAAAGGAUUUCCUGGAAGCAGCAGCUUCGGUGAAAUGUUGCUUAAAGAUAUCUGGUGACAACGUGGAACUUAAAAAAAAUCACGCGUACUAUUAUAAAGUUCAAGGCAUGAUGGGUGUCACGGGGUUGAAAUGGUGUGAUUUUGUUGUUUGGACAAAUGCUGAAAGUGUAGCAACCUCAACGCAUGUAGAGAGAAUUUCAUUUGACGAAGUCCUGUGGUCCUCUGAAAUUCUGCCUGGGUUGUUGCAUUUUUACAAACAGUGCAUAAUUCCAGAGCAACUCACUCUCAGAGUAAGCAGAGGGCUUCCACUGCACAACGAGAAAGAAUAUGUCGCACACAAAAAGUGCAUUGCAUAAUGUACCACUGCUUUUGUUAUGUAUUUAUUUUGCAGGGCCUUUGUUACAGGUUAUUUAUUUAUACAGGGUCUGUAUAAGGAGUACAUUUUUCUUUCUGGCAUGACUUUUGUGGGAAAACUUAAAAGGCCCACCUCCAUGAUUGGCCCACCUAUGAACAGGCAACCGCGUAAUGUGUUGACGUCACAAACUUCUGCUAUCUUUGAAGUCAUUAGGCAUUAUCAGUGA